AUGGCCAACGCGUACUCUGCAUCGUUGCAGGUCACCAUCUCCCUCCUGCCCGUCUCGCUAUCUCUGGUGCACAUUCCCCGAUCACGCCUGCUCAGCCUCGUACACCCCGUCAUCAAGCAACUGCUCGUUCCGCGCCCGACUUUCUUGAACUUGACUUGCAAUGAGAUUGAGCUCAGCAUCUUUGCCGAGAACGAUGCGGUCAGAGAGUUCGAGUCCAUUGCACGGCGUGAUCGGCAGCGACACCGCUCGCGCUCAGGCUCGACGUCGAGCCGAACGCAUCCCGACGCGUUUCCGGAGGACGCCAUAGAAGUCUCCUACGACCAGUGGCGCGUCCUGCAGAUAGACUCGCACAGCGGCUUCGACAACACUGGCGCGCGCGUCCAUGAGAUCUCUGCUCCCCUGGCUGCAGCAGGCAUCUCUAUCCUCUACCAAUCUUCACACAUCAGUGACUUCAUUUUCGUUAAGGCCUCCCGUCUCCACGAAGUCCUUUCCAUUUUCUCUUCGGCUGGCUAUGAUCUACUUUCGUCGAAUCCGGAUACAUUGUCGUCGUCAUAUGCGCCCUUCGAUGCGCCGCGCAAGGAUAGUUGGGAUGGGACCGUUUUGACGCGCAGGCGAAGCAGCACGGCGAGCUCGUCGGGAGCCCAUUCCGUGCUCUCACCACCGCCAUUGGACAAUCUGGCGGAAGAGGGAGUGGAAGGUCCGCCGAUGCCUAGGCCCGCGAUGACACGGACAACGUCGCACUCACCCGCUCCGACGGACGUCCGCGUUUUGAACCCGGAUUUGACGUGCAUCGGGUUGGCGGAGGAGUCUGCGGACGUCUGGCUACUACGGCUCGUGAAGCUCGUAGCAUACCCAGAGCUCAUCGUAGCGGAUGAUGCCUCCGUGGCGCGCCUGGCUUCUCAGUCUCCGCCGAUAUCACCUACUGCUCCCCGCGAAGCACCCCUCGGAGACUCGGCGCUACCAUCUGACGAAGAACCCGAGGAGGAUGGCUACUACUCGGCCUCGCCCCACUCACGCUCGGCGUCUGGAUCACCAGUGAACGGCGUCUCUGCUUCUCGUUCACAGUCCGUCGAGGGCUCGAGCGAGCGGCGAGGUGGCAAAUACAGCCAUCUUCACCGAAUUACGACAGUCGCUGAGCAGGCCGCACGGCUGCGCGGGAACGGAAGCGUAAAUGGGAACGCUCCUCCCUCUUCCUCUUCCUGUCGACGCACGUUCGCCGGAUACACUGUUCCCUUCUUCUCUAUUACGCGCACGGACGAGGGCACGAGCCUCAUCGCGCCCACCGCGACCAUUGCGGCGCUGUUUCCGGCUUCCGAUCGUCAUAUGGUCAUUCGUGGUAAUGAUCUGGACGAGUUGGAUGCCGGCGGCGCACCAGAAGCUGACGACGGGGAUGCGGGAGAAGAGCCUAGGGGCGGCCCUAUGCGCUGUCUGCAGAUCGACCUACGCCAAUUCGGACUCGAUAAGCACGGCCUGGUGAAUAGGUAUUCGCGCGUGCUCGAAAAUAAUGGGAUCAACCAUAUGUAUAGCAGUACAUUCAAAACAGCCAACUUGCUCGUCGACCGAUACCGGGCGCGCAAGGCACAGCUGCUUCUUCGGGACCCCUGA